UUUUCCAUCGUUGAUUUCGUCGAAUUUCUUUUUGAUUUUGUUACUACCAGCUACCUGUCUGGAGUAUUGUGGAUUUUAUAAAGAGCGAAUAUCUGUGCUAAAUAUGGAAGCUCCAACGAAUACGCCAGCAGCGGACGGUGUCCGGCCGGAUGUCGUGGAGAACGGCGUGGGCUCGGGAGAUUGUCAGAAAAACGCCGAACAACUGGCCAAAUUGACCCUCGACAAACCGGAGAAGCCCCAGAAAAAGGGCGGUCCCCGUCGCCCUCAGAAGACGCCCCUGUCCCCCACGGAGUCCAAAGACGACACCGCGGGGGAACAUGCCGCCGGGAAAUUGAUCCUCAAGAAUCCCAAGGGUACGCGGGAUUUCAAUGGACAGCAGAUGGCCAUUCGGGAGAAGGUGUUCAGCAUUAUUACGGAUUGUUUCAAACUGCACGGAGCGGAGAAUAUCGAUACACCCGUGUUUGAGCUGAAAGAAACGCUAACGAACAAGUAUGGUGAAGAUUCCAAGUUGAUUUACGAUCUGGCCGAUCAGGGCGGAGAAAUGCUGUCGCUGCGUUAUGAUCUCACGGUUCCUUUAGCGCGGUACUUGGCCAUGAAUAAAAUCACGAACAUUAAACGAUACCACAUCGCCAAGGUGUACCGUCGUGAUAAUCCAUCAACCGCCCGCGGUCGUUUCCGCGAGUUCUACCAGUGUGAUUUCGAUAUCGCCGGUCAGUAUGAUCCCAUGCUGCCGGAUGCGGAGUGUCUGCGCGUCACAGCGGAAAUCUUGGGGAAACUGCAAAUUGGUGACUUCGUGAUCAAGGUGAAUCACAGAGAAAUCCUUGACGCCAUGAUGGAGCAGUGUGGCGUGCCGAAGGAUAUGUUCCGCACAAUCUGUUCUUCCAUUGACAAACUGGAUAAGACGCCCUGGGAUGAAGUGCGCAAUGAAAUGGUCAAUGAGAAGCAUCUGGACCCGGCCGUGGCCGAUAAGAUUCACCACUACGUCGGACUCCGGUCGGAAGGCAAUGCCGGUUCCUUUGUGGAUAUGCUGCUGAAUGAUCCUCUGCUGGGCCAGCACGAAUCGUGUCGGCAAGCGUUGGAGGCCAUGCGGCAGCUGCUGGGGUACUGCGAUCUGUACGGGAUCGGCGGGGUUAUCUGUUUUGAUCUGAGUCUGGCCGGAUUGGAUUACUAUACCGGAGUGAUUUAUGAAGCCGUUUUACAAGGCCAUGUCGCGGGAAUGGCGGAGAGCGUGGGCAGUAUUGCCGCCGGCGGACGCUACGACAAUCUGGUGGGGAUGUUCGACGCCAAAAUGUCUACCAAGGCCAAACAGGUGCCCUGUGUCGGAGUCAGUAUCGGCAUCGAGCGGAUCAUGGCCAUUAUGGAAGCGCGCGCGGAGGAGAAGAAGGAGAAGCACCGCUCGGUGGAAACGGAGGUGUACGUCGUGACGGCGCAGAAGAAUCUGUUUCUCGAACGGCUCAAGAUCUGCCGGGAACUGUGGGACGCUGGAAUUAAGUCAGAGCAUUCCUACAAGCAGAAUCCCAAAUUUCUCGUUCAACUGCAGCACUGCGAGGAGAACGGAAUACCCUGGGCGGUUAUUCUAGGUGAAUCGGAAUUGCAGAAUGGUCUGGUCAAACUGAAGAACGUCGCCACUCGCGAUGAGGUGGAGGUCAAACGGGACGAACUGGUCAGCGCCAUCCGUGAGCGGUUAAAGCCGAGUGGAAAUUGAGAAGAACUGGAUUCGAUAGUUUUUUUAUUAUUUAAUGUUAGCGUGAUGCUGGGUCGGUGCUGAGCGAUUAGGCGACAUUGGCUGGUUUGAUGCGGAGACGGCGCUGUUGACGCCGCGUUUGACGAGGGCGUGUGACGUCCGCCAGGAAUGUAGCUGAGGGUGUGCCUGCCCGGAAAUGAGAAACAUUAUGUUGCGAAAGUGUUGUUCUGUUCAGAAACGAAUUAAAGCGAUACAA